UUUUCAUUUACGAGAGAUAAGGAUCAAACCCAAAACCCUUUCUCUCCUCCCAUCUCUAUUACUUUUGUUAUAUUCCAUCCCGUGCUCAUACUUAUAAAUUAUGAUAUAAUAUAUAUAUAUAUAUCCCGUACUUCUCAUGGUAUAUAUAUAUAUAUAUAUAUACCACGCUUUUCCAAUUCUGCAGAUCCGAAUCCAUUUGUCCUUUACAUCCGAAUUUUCCGAUUCAAAUAAAUGACUAAAUUUUGUGUUCAUAAAUCAUAAUUGGCGAUUUCGCUUCUUUCCGUUUUCGAUUAAUUUUUGCAUCUUAGCGUUGCAAAUUCAAAUUCUUUGUACUUCUAUUUUGUUUCUAACUUGUAGUUUAACUCUAUUUAUUUGAAGAAAAGAAGAGAAAAGAGAAGAAAAAACCCUAGGUCAAAUGAUGGAAGAAUGUAAUCCAGUUCAAGAUGUAGAGGAGGGUGAGAUCUCAGAUUCGGCAUCCGUUGAAGAAAUCAGUGAGGAUGCAUUCAAUAGGCAAGACCCACCCACGCCUACUAAGAUUGUCAGUGCCAACUUAACCAAUAGUCAAAAUCAAAAUCAAAAUCAAAAUUCGACUAGGGUUUGGACCAUGAGAGAUGUUUAUAAGUAUCCGAUUUCGAGGGAUUACGCUAGGGGUUUGUAUAACCUGGCUUGGGCUCAAGCUGUGCAGAAUAAGCCUUUAGACGAGCUUUUCGUUAUGACUGCUGACAACUCGAAGCAGUCUGUUGAUGUCGAAUCUGAGAAGGUCAUCAUUGAUGUGGAUGACGACGCUAAGGAGGAAGGAGAGUUGGAGGAAGGCGAGAUCGACUUGGAUGCGGAGGUAGUUGUAAAUGGUGGUAUCAACAAUGAUGGCUUUGAUUCUGUUAAAACCGCCAAUUUCAUUAGGGAACAACUUCAGUGUGUUACUCCAGCUGAGGCGGAGAAAUCCUUUCCUGUGGUUUGUUCCAAAUUGCGAAGCUCAUUGGACAGCUUGGGGGAAGUAGCUGUUUCUCCAGAUUUCGACAUUCUUAUUCAACUGUUUAUGACUGCCAUCCAAAACAUAAAUUCUGUUUUCUUCUCCAUGAACCAGAAUCAGAAGCAAGAAAACAGAGAUAGCCUAUCUAGGUUGCUUAUUCAUGCAAAGAGCCAAUUACCUGCUCUUUUGUCUUCUGAGCAGUUAAAUGAGGUGGAUGCCGCGAUUCUCUCCACUAACCUGUCAGCUGUUUCGUCAAUUACUGAAGACAAGGACCAGGACAACGGGAUCAAAGUUGUUGAACUGUUAGAUAUGAAUGCUUCUCAUAAAUCUUCUGAAAAUACAAAUCUGGAUUUUACUUCUUUCAAGAAGUAUGAUUCAGAUGCUGUAUCUUCCAAAUUUUCAGGCCUGAAGGAGACGAGUGUGUCAUUUGAAUCUUCUAAACCAGGAUUGACCAAUUCUAAAGCUAGAGGACUAUCCAUUCCUUUGCUAGACCUCCAUAAAGACCAUGAUGAAGAUACUCUUCCGUCACCUACACGAGAAAUUAGACCACAGUUCCCUGCUGCAAAAGCAUCUACACAGGCUCACGGAACAGUGAAACCGGAGUUGCCCAUUUUUGCGUGUUCUCUUGAGAAAGGGAAUUCUUUAUUGCAUCCUUAUGAAACUGAUGCCCUUAAGGCUGUUUCCUCCUAUCAACAGAAAUUUGGUCGAAGUUCCCUUUUUGUUAGUGAAAAGCUUCCAAGUCCAACCCCGUCUGAAGAGGGUGAUAGUGGUGAAGGGGACAUUGGUGGGGAGGUCUCCAGUUCUAAUGUUGUACAUAAUGCCAGCCUUCUGAAUUCAUCUAGCUUGGGCCAACCAGUAGUGUCUUCUGUUUCCCAGACCAAUUUUCUUGCUGGACAAGGACUUGGAACUGUCCGGACUGCAGAUCCUAUGAGUUUUCUACCAAAUCCUUCUUUGCGAUCUUCUACAGCAAAAAGUAGAGAUCCCAGGCUCAGAUUGGCAACCAGCGAUGCAGCUGGUCAGAACUUGAAUAAAAAUAUCAUGUCUAUCCCAAACAUUGAUUUGAAAUUAGAGGCUUCUUUAGAGAUGAUAGGUUCAAGAAAGCAGAAAACAGUAGAGCUACCAGUCUUUGAUGCCCCAUUGUCAAAAAGACAAAGAAGUGAACAGACUGAUUCUAUGCGACCCUUGACUGGAAAUGGUGGUUGUUUAGAGGAUAGAGGGACUACUGGGUUGCCAAUUACCAGUAGUGACUAUGCUAUAGAUAUCAGUGACAAUGACACUAGGAAAUUGGAGCAAGCAACAACUAGUGUUGCUACUAUACCAAGUGUCAUAGUUAAUGCUGAUGAAAACUUUUCAUUGGCUGGCAUGAGCACUUCAGCAACUUUACAUUCUCUAUUAAAAGAUAUAGCUAUAAAUCCAUCAAUAUGGAUGAAUAUAAUUAAGAUGGAACAGCAGAAAUCUGUUGAUGCUUGUAGAACUACAACACAAGCUUCAAGUUCUAACUCUAUUCUUGGAGCAGUUCCAUCAACGGAUGCAGUUGCUCCCAUAACCUCCUCUAUUGGGCAGAGAUCAGUGGGAAUACUUCAGCCUCCUACACAGACAGCUGCAAUGGAUGAAGUGGCUAUUGUCCGCAUGAAACCUCGCGAUCCUCGGCGUGUUCUUCAUAGUUCUGCAGUUCCAAAGGGUGGUGAUGUUGGAUUAAAUCAAUGUAAAACCGGUGUAGCAGGCACACAAGCAAUGACAAGCAAUCUUUGUUGCCAAAGACAAGAGGACCAGUUGGAUGGGAAGUCAGCUGUGACACUUUCGAUUAUACCACCUGACAUUGCUCGCCAAUUCACCAAAAAUUUGAAAAAUAUUGCUAACAUGAUCUCUGUUUCACCAUCCACAUCACCGUCUGCUGCUUCUCGAACUCAGACACAACACUUACAAGCUUACCAGCGUAGAUUGGAAGGGAAUGAAACAGUUUCUGAGUCAAGUGAACGGCUGAAUGAUGCUGGCUUUGGUUCUGAAAAAGGUUCUCCUGGUUCAUUGCAACCACAGAUCUCUUGGGGCGAUGUUGAACAUCUAUUUGAGGGGUACAGCGACCAACAGAGAGCUGAUAUCCAGAGAGAAAGGGCUAGGAGGCUGGAGGAACAGAAAAAAAUGUUUUCUGUUCGCAAGCUGUGUCUCGUCUUGGACUUGGACCAUACUCUUCUCAAUUCAGCAAAGUUUGUUGAAAUCGACCCCGUCCAUGAGGAGAUAUUGAGGAAGAAAGAGGAACAAGACCGUGAAAAGCCUUAUAGGCACCUAUUCCGGUUUCCACACAUGGGAAUGUGGACCAAGUUACGGCCUGGGAUCUGGAAUUUCUUGGAAAAGGCUAGCAAUCUUUUUGAGCUGCAUCUCUAUACUAUGGGGAACAAACUAUAUGCCACAGAGAUGGCAAAAUUGCUAGAUCCAAAAGGGGAUCUGUUUGCUGGACGAGUGAUCUCCAGGGGCGACGAUGGAGAUCCAUUUGAUGGGGAUGAAAGGGUUCCUAAGAGUAAGGACUUGGAGGGUGUUUUGGGCAUGGAGUCGGCUGUUGUGAUUAUAGAUGAUUCUGUGAGAGUUUGGCCACAUAACAAGCUAAAUUUGAUUGUUGUGGAGAGGUAUAUUUACUUUCCUUGCAGUAGACGACAAUUUGGUCUCCCUGGUCCUUCUCUUCUUGAGAUUGAUCAUGAUGAAAGACCAGAAGAUGGGACAUUGGCCUCUUGUUUGGGGGUUAUUCAAAGAAUACAUCAGAAUUUUUUCACACAUCGGUCCAUUGAUGAAGCUGAUGUUAGGAACAUCUUAGCCACAGAACAACAGAAGAUUCUGUCAGGUUGUCGUAUUGUCUUCAGCAGAAUAUUUCCUGUUGGUGAAGCCAAUCCUCAUUUGCAUCCUUUAUGGCAGACAGCUGAACAGUUUGGUGCUGUCUGCUCUAGUCAAAUUGAUGAGCAGGUUACCCACGUGGUUGCCAAUUCUCUUGGGACAGAUAAGGUUAAUUGGGCUCUUUCCACUGGGCGAUUUGUUGUUCAUCCUGGCUGGGUGGAGGCAUCAGCUUUGCUUUAUCGGAGGGCGAAUGAACAUGAUUUUGCUAUUAAACCUUAAAUUUACACAAUUUCCAUCUCUUGGUUUAAAAAAAAAAAAAAACUGAAAAGGUCCGAGGAUGAAAUUAAGAAUUUGAAGGAUGUUAGAAACUGAAACGCUAGCUAAUCAGGCAAGGGAGAGAAUCGUUUAGGAGAUAAGCCUAAGCUUGAUUCUCAAGGAAUCUACCCAAGUCCCUCGCUGUUGACCAAUUUUUGCAUCCAAAGUAAUACGGGCUGAAGCUUUAUUUAUGAGAAUUCAGUAGCUCGUAUUCUGCUCAAAUGCAUAGAUAACAAAGCUGAUGAUGAGGGAAAGACGUAGUAGUCCUUUUGGAGACAUCCGAUUAAAGUGGAACAAUACAAUACUUGUUGCAAUCUGGCUUUCUUGGUGGAAUGGGCAACUGGAAUCCCAUUAAUGGUGGCAAACAAGCAAUUAUUAAAUGGACUAAUGAAAAUUCAUGGUUGAUUAAUAGUAUACUAAUUAGAGCCCUCAAACAAGGAAUCACGACCUGAAAUCGACUUAAAGCCUGCGUUGAUAAGUGACGGUUCCAAGGCUCUGUUCUUUUAUUGGCUCGCCUUCUUGGUGUGUUUUUAUUUACUUCAAAAUGAAUUUUAAGGACAUGGCGAUGGGACAUUUUGCAGUAUUGUUGGAGGAUUUUGCUUAGUAGCCUUUUGAUUCUCCAAAUUGAAUUUUCAACAGCGAUAAAUAUAUAACGUGCAAGGUUAUAUAGUUAGCUAGUAGGUUGAGGUAACAUAUGAUGCUUAUAUUGGAUCAUUUUAUGAGUUUAUGACGAUAUUGGUGCAAAAUUGUAUGAAAUAUGGUUGGUGAUGAAUAAAAAGACGUAAAAUUAAUAUAUCAA